AUGUCUUCAUCGAGUAACUUAUCUCAAUCUGCUUAUUCUCCAUCCGAUCCAGAAACCCCUCAGAAUAGUAGAUUACAAAACUUUGAUCAGUCCUUAAGCCAUGGAAAUAUUGGACACAGUAUAGAACAAUCUAUAAAAAACGCUCUCAAAGAAAUACAUCAAAAGCGUCUACAGUCAUUACGUAAAGAAUUAGACUACUUGAAAGGAACAGAAUGGAAGUUUGACUCAGAUAAAGGGUUGUCGCAAUAA